AUGGAAAAUAAAUUAUCUUCUUACAUCUCGUCCAUUUUUCAACCUCAAAGAUCUGUCACCGCCACCAUUUCAUCGAUAUCUUCUGAAUCAGAACCAUUACUAAAAAAAUCACCUUUUUGUGAUUCCGUUGAUUCGAUGAAAAUAUUAGGUAUGCCAACAGUAGAUGAGGGCGGUAUAAACGUGGACAUAAAUGUGAAUGAGAAUAAAAAAUCAAAUAUGUUAUUUAGUGGUGAUUGGAUCCAGAGAUUCAUAAUAAAACGUAAAGAUGAGAAUGGUAGUUUUACCCAAAAUAAUGAUGAUGUUAGAAUAAACGUUGAUACCAACGAAGGAAUUAAUGGUGGUGAGAUUACGAGUGAUAGAAUAAGGGAAGAUACAAUUGAAGGAAAUAGUGAUAGUAGAGAUGGUAAAUGGGAUAUGUUGAAAGCAUUACUACAGCUAACAUGUUUGUUCGUGGUAUCAACUGUUGUGGUUUAUGCAACACUAAUGUUUUAUUUACCGCCGUUGGAUGAGAAUCAAAAACAAAAUCUCCGUAUACCCAAGAGUAUCGAGGAUCUUCAAGAACUAAACAAAAUCUUAAGCGAAUACAUGGAUCAAUAUAAUUUCAAUGUGAUGACUACCUAUUCCGUUGUCUACAUAUUUUUGCAAACAUUUUCGAUACCAGGAAGUAUGUGGUUGUCAAUAUUAGGUGGUGCACUGUUUGGGUUACCAACGUCCCUAUUAAUUGUUUGCAUGUGCUCCGCAAUAGGUGCUUCAAAUUGCUACCUCCUUUCUAAAAACUUCGGAAAAUCCUUCGUUCGUAAAAACUUUUCCACAAAACUAUCUACUUGGUCCGCUCAACUUCGUGCUCAAUCUCACAAUCUCUUAAAUUACAUGAUUGUCCUUCGUCUGAUGCCCUUUCCUCCGAAUUGGUUUGCAAACAUUGCCGCACCUCAUGUGGGUGUCCCAUUAUCCGUUUUCUUCAUCGGAACAUUAUUCGGCGUGGCUGGCCCUAGUAUAAUUCACAUACAAGCCGGAAUGACCAUAAAUCAAUUGACAAGUGCCGAUGAGUUUCAGAUAUUUAGUUGGACUAAUGUGGGUGCUUUAGCAUUAAUCGGUGUGGCGGUGUUGGUGCCGGUUUGGAUUAGAAGACGGAGUGAAAAGAAAGAGGAUGUGAGAAGGUUGGAGAGUGGAGGAGAGUAUGAGGAAAUUACAGGUGCUAAUGAACAUGGAGAAAUGGAAUUCCGCGAUCGAAGAAUCUAUGGCACCUUCGCGAAGUUGAAUUCAAGAAGCGGGAGCCUGCAAGUUUCGUAA